AUGUCCAUAUCCAGGCGAGGCGCUGGUCUCGCCAAGAUCGGCUUCGACCACGGCGAGCUCAAUGCCUACCAUCCAGACCAUAACCCGAAUGGAGCAGUCAAACUUCUGUAUGCAGAGAACCGUCUGAUGCACAAGCGACUGUCCGACUUCAUCAAUCAGAAUGUUCGUGACCUGUUCAUCCCUACGUAUGCCGGAACCCAACAGGACUAA